AAGUGCAAGAAGGAGGAGGAGGCAGGAAAAGGCUGGAGAGGGGGAAUGAUGGCGGUGGGCAAGAAGAAGGGACAAGUUUGAUAUACUGUAAAACCGGGACGUUGUAGGCGAUCUUUCGGCGCCUUAACACGAUGACGCAAGUAGGAGAUGACUUCACUUUUAUUUGUUAGUUGAAACAACAAAAAGAAGCUCCGCCGGACCCAUGGCACCGCCUGCGUAGAGGUAGAGAGGAAAUAAUUGUUCAUCAACAACACACCAACUAUCUAUCGACUGUAUUCUGAAUUGAGCUAAACAAAAGAAAUCAAGCAACAAAAAAAAUGAUCAAAGCGGAAAGUAAAGGAGGCGAGAGGACCCUGAGGAGCGCGUCCCCUCACAGAAAUGCAUACAAGUCUGACUUCCACGCCAUUAAGUGCUCCUUUGAUGGGCCAAAGUCCGAGGGCGCCGCCAAAUCAUAUGCAAAUGGAUCCAGUGACACCCGAGAGGACUCCAGGGGGAGGCCAUUUGGGACCCGAGUGAACAAGAUAAAAAACAUAUUCCUACAGAUGGAUGGUCAGCAACAGGAGGUUCAAGAUGUGAAAGUAACUUUAAAGCCUGAUGUGUCACAAGUGUCCCCACCGAAGCCUCAGUUUCCAGCCAACACGCAGAGAGCUAACUUAAAUAGUGCUACAAGCCCAAGCCCAGAAUCUCUCAAUUUAGAUAAAACACCCAAGGGAGAGGAUGCUGAGAUUGACAAAGUGGCUUUGGCAGAGAAGUUUUCUGUGACCAGAAAACUCUUUGAGAGGGGCAUCAAAGAGCAGCCAGCAGCAGAAAAGCAGUCUCCAAACAGAGGAGUAACUCGCUUGUCUCUCGGAAGUGCCUCUGAUGAGGGUAAAAGUGCACGGAGAAUAUCGGGAUCCUCUGAGACCAUUAUCAAAUCAGAGCAAACUCCUACAUCAACAGUGAAAUGUCGACCAGAUGAGAAUGCUGAUAGUGAGAAAAGGCAUGUGUCUAGAGUGUCAUUAAAUGCAGGGCCCAUGUCCAAGAGGUUGGAGAAUUACAUGGCUGAGAAUGACUCCGAAGACAACAACACAACCGCUAAUAAAGGGGGAACGGUGUCUAAACCACACAGUACCGCUGAACACUCACUGCCUACCUCUCUGAAAAGGGACAGCACACAAAAACCCCCUCUUCCUGUUAAAGAAGUGACUAACUCUUCACCGGUAACUGAUCCUACUAACAAAAAUACAUCCCAGACAGCAUCUUUUGGGUCUAGUAUUGGGCUUAAACCAACAUUCCCAGCUUCUAAUGCAGCUUACAAAUAUGGUUCUCCAACAACUGAUACCACUCACAGACCCCUGUCACCAGAGCAAACAAGCCCAGUUAGCCAAGGCUACAAGCGCUCCUCUUCAUCUGGUGAUGGAUUAAGUAGGACAUCUGUUGGUGGGGAUGAAGGCAAGCCACAUAGUCCGCCCCCGAGGGAUGUGAAGCAGCCUCCUCCGUCAGCUUGUGGCUUUCAGAGCACCAACAUGGCCAAACACUCUGACAAAGCCAAGAGUGAUGAUAAUGUGGUACAAAGUCCCACCAGGGAUAAGAAACAAAGUCAGGGAUCAUCACUGGAUCCCAAAGGUGUGGGCAUGGUACGUGCAGAACUUGUGGUAGUUCAGAAUGAGUCUUCGGAGAGUGAGGAGGAGGAGGAUGAGAAUGUUGAAGGUAACGUGUUUGAGGAGCAGAAGGUGCAGCAAAGCAACAAAGAACAACCAACAGAACCUAAAAGAACCUUUAGGAACCCAGAGAACAGCAACUCUGCUCGCCCCAUCACAGCGAGAGAUGUCACAAAAGAGGCAGCGGGUGAAGGUCGAAUCUUGGAGGACAAAGGGCUGAAAGAGGAGAGAAAGGAAGACAGUUUAGUUAGAAGUCAAGAUGGUGAAGAGAAUCGUGAGGAAGAUGACGAGGUAUCGGAGGAGGUGAGCGAGCUGGAGGAGCAAGGGGGCCAGAGCAUCCUGGAUAGAGCUUCACCGGUGGUGUACGGUAUCGAGAAUGCAGCAUUUGUGGAUGACAGAGAUGUAGACCAGGUCCUCAGGGAAGAAGAAGAAGAAGAAGAGGAGGAUGAAGAAGAAGGAGGAGGAGAGGAGGAGGAUCAAAUGUACAGAGAGUAUGACGACUGUUAUGAGACCCAAGGUCUGUCGGAUGAGGAGGAGCCUCCCACGAAGAGGAAAAUCAAGUUCUCCACAGACCCCAUUCUGGUCUUCAGCACCUUCUCUAAUGAGGAAUACGAUCGACGCAAUGAUGACGUGGAUCCUGUUGCAGCAUCUGCGGAAUAUGAGCUGGAGAAGAGAGUGGAGAAGAUGGACGUUUUCCCUGUGGAGAUUGAGAAAGGAGACAAUGGACUUGGCAUCAGUAUCAUAGGAAUGGGAGUGGGAGCUGACCAGGGUCUGGAAAAGCUUGGCAUUUUUGUAAAAACCAUAACAGAGCAAGGAGCAGCCGAGAGAGAUGGACGCAUACAGGUGAAUGACCAAAUAGUGGAGGUGGAUGGUGUCAGUCUGGUGGGAGUCACCCAACUGUUUGCAGCUACAGUCCUGAAGAACACCAAAGGCACAGUGAGGUUCUUGAUUGGUCGGGAGAAGCCAGGGACGCAGAGCGAGGUAGCCCGCCUCAUAAGCGAGACACUAGAGCAGGAGAAGAACCAGCAGCAGCAACAACACCUGGAUGACCCCUUUGAGCACUCCACAGAGGAGGAGGAGCGCUAUGAAGAGGAAGACGGACUGGAUGAGAGAAUUCUGGGCUCCAAUUUCUCUCCAGGACAGAAUGCAGAGGUGUUUGAACUGCCUGAUUCAGAGUCUUUGUUUAUGCCAACCAACAUGGACAACUCUCAGAUGGCCUUCAAGUUCAAAGAGCUGCAACUCAAACACAGCAUCGCCACAGCUGAGAUACAACAACUAAGUGAAAAGCUUCAGGCAUCUGAGGAGGACAAAUCGUUGUGGGAAACCAGAGAGUCUGCACUGGAGCAAAAGAUGGAGGAUGACAACGAGAAGAUCCUCAAGUUGGAGAGUUACUGGCUGGAAGCUCAGGCUCUGUGUAAGAGCGUUAACGAACAAUUAUCUGAGACUCAGGCCCAGUAUGAGAUCCUGGACAAGAAAUACAACAAGGCCAAGAAACUUCUCAAGGAUUACCAGCAGAAGGAGAUCGACUUUGUGAAGAAGGAGGAGGAGCUGAAAAAAACUCUAGAUGAAAAAGACAAGUGGUACAAGGAGCAGCUGGAGAGCCUGCAGAACAGGAUAGUCGCCCUGGAGUCUAGAGGGGCCUCAGGUGCGGAGUGUCAGAGUGGACAGGAGUCGGCAGCAGAGGAGAGACUAAGUGGCCAGGAUCCAGUGACCAACACAACGUCUGUUGACUCACUGCUAGAGCAAGACUGGAGUGAAUUGGUCCCUGAGACUGAGCGACUGGACACCAGCGCACACAGAGCUAAAGGCCUGCUAGCUCAGAAGGCUAAACGUCAGCCUCCAUCUCGAAACAGACUGAAGGAGAACCUUGUAGUGGCCUCAAGUCACUCUCAGGAAACUGAAGAGGAUGACGACCAGGAGGAGCAGGAAUCUCCCAGCAGGAGGUCCCUCCAGGAGAGCCUGUCCCUUCAAGUGCCUGUCUGCUAUCCAGGGAACGGACAGAAAGAUGAUCCAGACGAGAUCAGAGAUGAAUCAAGGACUAAGCCUGAGCUCACCAGCAGCCCGUCCUUGUCUCCAUCACAGGGUGACAGCAUUGAGAGCAGCGGAAGUCCCUCUCUGUCCUCUCCUAAAGAGUCCUUAUCACCACAUUCGCCCCCUGGAUUCAUGCGCAGUGUAAAGAAGAGGGAGUCUAAAGGCAAGAGCAAAGAGACCAAAGAGGAGUUAACUGAGCCUUCAUCAGCAGGAAAACCUAAAAGACGAUUUCCUGACUUUGGGGGCCUUCGUAAGUCAGGUGGCAAAGGAAAGAAACAUGACAAGGAAGCGAUGAGAGCAUCUUUGGACAGCAGGGGGUCAGCGGAGUUACUGGAGGAGUCUGGAGGUAACCUGUCUCCUGCAGACUCAAUGACCUCCAUCCCUACCUGUAUGCCCUUUUCCUGGUUUGGUGACAAAGAGAGGGACAGAGACAGGGAGCCCUCCUCCUCCAGCAGCAGCCUGCCAUACACUGCAACUGAGACCAGCAGUGAGCAAAGCCAGGAUCGCAAGAAUAAGACAAAUCUCUCCUGGUCCUCUUUAUUCAGUCGCUCAUUAGAUUUGAGUUUUUCAGUCAUAGAUGAUUCUAACGCUGCCAGUCCCAGUUCAGACAUCUCUGGGUUAGUCGCUGAACCCAGUCUGUCUGGGCGCUCACACACUUUAAUCUUCUCUUCCAGCGAGACUUUGGAUGAUGAACCAGUCGCCACAGGAAAAGAGUAUCAGUGGCAGAACCGGCCAGUCUCUGAAUGGACCAAUCAGCAGGUCUGUCACUGGUUGAUGGGCAUGAAUCUGGACCAAUACACCACUGAAUUCACAGCUCGGGGAGUGGAUGGUCAGCAGCUCUUACAGUUGGACAGCGACAAGUUGAAGGCGCUUGGUGUUUCAAGUCAGAGUGAUCGAUCAACCAUCAAGAAAAAGCUGAAGGACAUGCGUAAGACCCAGGAGAAGCUGGAGAAACAGAGAGAGAAGAGAGAGAAGGAGGGUCGACGUAGUGGGAGGCUGCCAGCCAGUACUGACUCAGUCUGCUGAGGCAGCAGCUCUGCGGUCUGAAUUCAUGCAGCUCAUAAAGUUCAUGCAAAAACCUGAAAAACCUUUUCUCAGUUCGUUAGUGCCAUGCUGUUGUUGUCACAUGUUGUGAAUGCCAACAACCACAGGACGUGACUGUGCAGGAGCACACCUGUGCUGACUGAAGUGUGAUUAAGCUCCUGUUUCUGACACAUUUUUAACCUAUUUCUGCUCAACAUUUUAGCUACAAGAUGGCGAACAUCAAAAAAGUUGGAUAUGUGACCAAAAAGAUAUCCUAACGUUUUUUUUACCACUACAAAGCUAGACACUAUAACGAUAAGUCUUCAAAUAUAAUGUAGUUGAUCAUGCACACAUGUACCUGUGGAAGUCAAAUAUAUUCUGUUUGUUUUGUCGACAUUUUAUAUUUUUGCUAGCUUAACUUGCCUGUUUCCACGUACAACUCUUCUGCAGGAAUGGUUAUUGUACAGUUAAGAUAAAAGCACUAUAUUUGUCUUUUAAGCUUGGAUGGGCGACAAGGUUUUAAAUGUAUAAAUACGUUUUAUACAUGUGCCUUUUAACUGCAUAACUUGUUUGUUUUUUUAAUUCAAAAACCAUUGUUCAUUUUAUAUUAUCUACAUUUUUCUACUAAGUAGAAUAGCAAGGCCGUGAUUUUUGCUGAAUGAAAAGCAACAAACAAAUCAAGUAGGGACCAGAUGAAUGCUGCUUCUGCUGCUUCUGACUCUGGCUGUAUGUUGCUGAGAUGGUACAAUGACGCUCCAUGUAAAUACACACAGCACGCAGGUCUGCUACAGAUACACGUAACCGGUCCGUUAGGUGGAAAGAUGUGCCUAUGACAAGGACUUGUUAGUCAGUGUCGUGUAUGAAUGUGAGGCUGAAUAAUGAGUGUUCACAGCCAAACCUAAGUGCUUCCUUUCUUGCUUCCUCUCAAGCACGACUCUUCAUGUUCUGUACAGAAUACGUUGGACCGCAAGAAAUUUGUUUUCACAUCUCCUGAAUCAGAGAAACAUUUCUUUGUACAUGCAGCAUCGAUAAACUAAUUUUAACUGUUAUGUGGUGUCCUGACUUGUAUUCAACUAACAUUAUACAUUUAGAUACAUGAGAAAUCAACACCAGAGGAAUCCUACAACCCGACACGGUACUCCUGUAAUAAACAUGACUGUACCUCUAUGGUUAUGUUUGAG